AUGAUAGUGUCUAACGUUAGUCUGAGCUGCGGCGUGAGCUGCCCAUGGGGAGUCAGUGACGGUAAGACGGUGGUCACGCAGGGAGGAGGCUCAGGUUCUCUGAGUCCUACGGGACAUCUCGUGGUGGCAGUGUGUCUGGGGUUCAUAGGUACAUUCGGUUUCCUCAACAACCUCCUGGUGUUAACGUUAUUCUGCCGGUACCAUACGCUGCGCUCGCCCAUCAACGUCCUGCUGUUGAGUGUGUGUGUUUCGGACCUGCUGGUCUGCGUGCUCGGAACACCGUUCAGCUUCGCCGCUGCCACGCAGGGCAGGUGGCUGAUCGGUAGGGCCGGAUGCGUCUGGUAUGGCUUCAUCAACUCCUGUUUGGGUAUCGUGUCUCUGAUCUCCCUGGCAGUGCUGUCCUAUGAGCGUUGCUGUACCAUGCUGUGUCGGAUGCAGGCGGAUGGUACUGACUUCGGUACAGCGGUGGCCGGAGUGUGUUUCUCCUGGGUCUACGCCCUGGCCUGGACACUGCCCCCGCUGCUGGGCUGGAGCAGCUAUGGCCCCGAGGGACCAGGAACCACCUGUUCAGUGGACUGGAGGACCCAGACACCCAACAACAUCUCCUACAUCGUUUGUCUGUUCACCUUCUGUCUGUUACUGCCUUUCUCUGUCAUAAUGUACAGCUACGGCAAGCUGCUCAGCGCUAUCAAACAGGUGAGCAAUGUGAGCACGGUGGUAACCCGUCGUCGUGAGCAACGUGUGCUGGUGAUGGUGGUAACCAUGGUCGCGUGUUACCUGUUGUGUUGGCUGCCGUACGGUGUAGCGGCCCUGCUGUCGACCUUUGGCCCUCACGACCUUUUGACCCCUGAGGUCACCAUAGUCCCCUCGCUGCUGGCCAAGACAUCUACAGUCAUCAACCCUGUUAUAUACAUCUAUAUGAACAGACAGUUCUACAGGUGUUUCAAGGCUUUGCUAAGAUGUUCUACUCCUGACCGAAGCUCCAGUUUGAAGGCGCCGUCACCGGCGACCAAAACACUCGGGGCCGUUCGCAAUGGAAACGGACACGACGUGCCGGUUGUUUUGGCGUCAGUAGGCCCUCCCACUCCGACUGACUCUGCCAACAGUUCCUUAGUGGUAGCGGAUGACCUGCCACCGUCACCUCCCAAAAUCCCCCCCCCUGUCCAAACCACGCCCCCUCUCCAAAUCCCUCCCCCUGUCCAAACAACGCCCACUGCCAAACCAAGACUGACCCUCAUAGCUCACUACAAUGGAUAG